AUGACCUGGUUCCACGCAAAGGAGGAUCGGCCAACCCCCAAGGAGGUCUACAACUGGCGCUUGUAUACCGAGACGGCCAUCAUCGCCACCGGCUCGAUCCUAUUCGGCUAUGACUCUGCCUUCAUCGGCACGACCAUUGCCCGCGCGAGCUUCAAGACGUCCUUCAACAUCAGCAAGCAAGAAGCCGCCAACAUCUCCAGCAACAUCACCUCCGGCUUCCAGGCCGGCGCCUUCUUCGGCGCCAUAAUCUGCUUUCUAUUGACCGAGCGGCUCGGCCGCAAGUGGGCGCUGCAGGCCAACAUGGUCGUCUUCCUCAUCGGCGCCAUCCUCAUGGUCGUAGCCACCGACCAGCUCUCCUACAUUUGUCAGUCCUGCCCAGGCAUCGCCGCCCACCCUCCACCCACUCACAGACCCCCCCCCACAGAUGCCGGCCGGGUCCUCACCGGCCUCGCCUGCGGCGCCGUCACCGCCACCGUCCCCAGCUACAUCGCCGAGCUGUCCGUCGUCUCCAUCCGCGGCGUCCUCACCGGCCUCUUCGAGGUCGCCUACCAGCUCGGCAGCCUCGUCGGCUUCUGGAUCAACUACGGCAUCAACCAGCACAUGGACGUCACCUCGCCCGCCUCCUGGCGCGUGCCCAUGGCCGUGCAGCUGAUCCCCGCGGGCGCGCUCCUCGUCGGCGGCCUCUUCCUGCACGAGAGCCCGCUGUGGCUGAUGCGCAAGGGGCGCGAGCGGGACGCCGCCGAGGUCCUCGAGGCCGUCCGGAACCUGCCGCGGUCGCAUGAAUACGUCCGGGAGGACCUGGACCUGAUGCGGAGACGCAUCGCCGACGAGACGCGGCUGGCGGGCCGGCACGGCACCGGGUCCCUGGCGCUGAUGAGGGGCGUGCUGGUCGAGCUGUCGCGCAGGGGCAUGCGCAACCGCCUGCUGCUCGUCUGCUGCGCCUUCACCCUGCAAAACAUGUCCGGCGCCGCGGCCAUCAACUACUACUCCCCCACGCUCUUCGCCUCGCUCGGCAUCAAGGACGUCGCGCUGUACACCGGCAUCUACGGGCUGGUCAAGGCUGUCGCGUCCAUCAUCUUCUAUGGCCUGCUCGUCGACGUCUGGGGCCGACGCAAUCCAACAAUAAUCUCGUCUCUCAUGUGCUCGGUCUGUCUCUGGAUCGUCGGAACCUAUGUCAAGAUCGGCCACCCGGCGAGCGUGAUUGCCGCUGGCGGGACGCUAUCCGCCUCGACUGCCGCGGGCGGCAAGGCUGCCACUGCCAUGAUCAUGAUCUACUCCGUCUUCUGGUCAUUCGGCCUCAACGGAAUCCCGUGGAUCGUCUCCGCGGAAAUCUUCCCCGGUGCGGUGCGCAACUUCACGGGCACGUGGGCCGCCCUGGUACAAUGGUUGACACAGUUCGCCAUCACCAAGGCUCUCCCUUACAUAUUCCAGUCAUUCGGCUACGGAACCUGGUAUUUCUUUGCCUCGUGGAUGCUCGUGGCCGUCGUUUGGGCCUACUUCUUCCUCCCCGAGACCAAGGGGCGCACGUUGGAAGACAUGGAUGUCAUUUUUGGCUACAAGUCAAAUUUAUCAACGAGGUCAAUCGAAUCGACGUGCGAGGAUGUACAUGCAGUGAGUGGGGAGAAGGUCUGA